ACUUUAACGAGCGAAAUGACAACCGUGCGCGUGCGUCACUUAGUUCCUUGAUGUGUUUUUUUUUAAAGGACUGCGAUAACCCCAAAGGAAGAGAGAGAGAACGCGAGGGAGGGAAAGAGAGAGAGAGAGAGAGGGAGGGAGGGACCAAUGAAGCCCGCUGGCAGCCUCGCAGAGUGAGGGAGAAAAGUUGUGUCAACUUCGGUGUGUCGCGGAGGUGAAAACUACGGCGCGUCCACACCGACGCUCUGCAGCCGGAGCGGGGGGGAAGAUGGCGCGGCGCUGCGGCGGUGCCACGUCUCGGUUCGCCGGAGAAAUCUCACAAAGUGCCGGAAAGAGCGCGACGUCGGCGGUUUGGCUGUGUUUUUGCCUCCUGUUCCCUUCCGUGGCGGAGGCCGGGCUGUACACCGCCUCGGACCAAGUCCUCCUGUUGAGUCCGGACAACGUGGAGGCGCUUUUGAUCAACUCCACGGCCGCUAUAUUGGCGGAAUUUUACGCUUCGUGGUGCGGACACUGUAUUGCCUUUUCUCCGGUUUACAAAAGCCUGGCGAGAGACAUUAAAGAGUGGAAGCCGGCUGUUGACCUGGCAGCCAUCGACUGCGCUGCAGAGGAGAACAGGAAGGUCUGCACUGCCUUCGGCAUCAGAGCAUACCCCACUAUCAAGUUCUUCCAUGCUUAUUCCAAGGCUGAUUCUACUGGACAGAGCUUCAGAACUUCUACUCAUGACGUCCGGGUCCUCCGUCACAUGAUCAUAGACAAACUGGAAAACCACGAGGAGCCGUGGCCCCCCGCCUGCCCCCCACUGGAGCCCACGAGCCAAGCAGAGAUCGACAGCUUCUUUGAGACCAGCAACGUUCAGCACCUGGCUCUGAUCUUUGAAGACGCCACAUCUUACAUCGGCCGAGAGGUGACCCUGGACCUGUUACAGUUUGAGAACGUCGCAGUGCGGAGAGUCCUGAGCACUGAAGACGGUUUGGUAACCAAACUGGGAGUGACAGAGUUUCCCUCCUGCUACCUUUACUCUCCUGAAGGCAACUUCACCAAACUCAAAGUCAACAUAGAGGCUCGUGCUUUCUACUCCUACGCGCUCCAGUGCCUGCCGGGAGUGAGGCGGUCAGGGAAGCCCCCACCGGUCGCCGCAGGGUUCAUCGCCAACAACCCGCAGGAGCCGUGGAAGCCCUUCAACAGGUCCAGAGUGUACAUGGCCGACCUGGAGUCGACGCUGCAUCACUCGCUGCGCGUGGAGCUGGCUGCUCACACUGUCGUAAAGGGAGGGGACCUGACUUCUCUCAGGGAGUACGUCUCUGUCCUGGCGAAGUACUUUCCAGGCCGUCCCGUGGUGGUGAACCUUUUGAAGUCUUUAAACGCUUGGCUACAGAACCAAACUGGAGAGGAGAUUUCCUACGAGGCACUGAGAGAGAUCCUGGAUAACGCCGCUCAGUCUCCAAACAUUGCCUUGCCUGAAGGAGAGAGGUGGGUGGGCUGUCAGGGUUCACAACCUCACUUUAGACGUUACCCUUGUGGGAUGUGGAGCCUCUUCCAUGUUCUUACUGUCCAGGCCAAGGAGGCAGGAGGCACGGAUCCCAAGGAGGUGCUGAGCGCCAUGAGGAGCUACGUCCGCAGCUUCUUCGGGUGCCGGGCGUGUGCCGAGCACUUUGAGAUCAUGGCGGAGGAGAGUUUGGUGGAGGUGAACACGUUGUCGUCAGCGGUGCUGUGGCUUUGGUCGAGACACAAUCGCGUCAACAACCGGCUGGCAGGUGCUUUGAGUGAAGACCCUGACUUCCCAAAGCUCCAGUGGCCUUCGCCAGAGAUGUGUCCAGCCUGCCAUUCUGCCAAGGACAACGGGGACCACAGGUGGAACCAGCAGCAGGUUCUUCCCUUCCUCGUGUCCUACUUCUCAUCGAGCAGUGUCCUCGCAGACCACCUCGAAGAUGAAAGCCAGAUCCUGGCAAAACAGAGGGAAAAACAUGCUUUGUUAUCCCAGCAGCGUGUGGAGAGGAAAGCCAGGGAGGCCUUGGACUCCAUGACUCAACCUCUGCCAUCGCAAUCCACUGUGCAGGACGAGGAGGAGGAGGAGGAAGAGGAGGAAGAGGGGCCGCAGGACCAAGGGGAGCAAGGUGGGGAAAGGGCAGCGGCGGAUGAGAUGCAGCGUAAGACACCGGACACGGACCCCUGGGGCAAACCCCAGGUGGUGGUGGGCCGCGGCCGGCGGCAGGUCCACAGGAAGCCGAGGAUCGUGGGCCUGAGGAUUCCGGAGGUCCCGGAGGACAUCGUGGACCUCGACUCCUUUGUCAACCAGCACUACAAGGCCAAGGCGCUGCAGGGCGCCGCCGCCACCCGGGUCAAACAGCGCAGCCUGCAGAGGAAGGAGGAGCGCGCCCCGGGGCCCGUGUUCGGACUCGGCCCGGAUCUGGACGCCGGCCUCGGGAUGGUGGGCCUGCAGCCGCUGGAAGCCGACUUCGAGCUGGACGCGGGGCAGCGGGGGACGCGGCUGCAGAAGCGAGAGCUGACAGGCCGGCGCUUCGCUGGGGAGGCCGAGUUGACACGUUGGGUGUCUGUACUGAGCAUCGGGUUCUCCAAAGUGGACAUCAGCCUGUGUGUCAUCCUUUAUUUCCUUUCCUCCAUGUGUCUUCUGGCCAUGUAUCUUUUCUUCAAGAACCGCCUGAGGCUGCGGAGGGGCAAAGUGGCUCUACCUUGAGCAAGAAGGUGUCCCAUUUUCAGAUGAGUCAGCAAUGAUUAACGUCCAUUAGGUCCGUGCAGGCUACGGUUGGGGUUCCUUUAAGGGGAUGUGUCCAGAUUAGGGCGAUCUAAGACGGUCCACUUAACUGUUACCUACAGCUGGAUGUGUCUUCUCUAAACAGAGCGAAGGGGAAAGUGAAAAUUAGCUGCAUUUCUAAAGCUUUGAAUAUCUGGUUUGGUUAUUUAAUUUUACUUUGCAUCUUAUUUUAGGGAGAACCGUAACUAUGGAAAAUAUGUGAACAUAGAUGUAUAUUUCUAUAAGUGGGUUUCUGUUUUCAAAUUAAGGAUCACAAUUUUGUUUUUGUUUGACCACUUAAGAAGGACAAACCCAGUAUGAGAUUAAUUUAAAAAAAACUAAUUCAUAUGAAGUGAAUGCAACUAAUGAAUUGAUUUUACUAGGUUUUUCUAAUUUGUAACAGUGAUUUUUUUUUAUAUCUCUUAAUCAGGCCAAUACCUAAUUCUGUCUAUUAUGACGAGUAUAUAGAUUUUUUUUUUUCAUUCACAAUUUCUUUUUUCAACAUUAAAAAACAACAAUAAAAAAAGCAGUAAUUACAGCUUUAAUUACAGAUUAACUCCUUCCCCUCAAAUCAACCAUUGACAUAUUUCUGUUUAAUUCAAUGCUUCAGUAUUAAAAUAAAUGUUACUGCAUUUCUUUUAAUACUCAGACAAUUCAGUCCGAGUGGCGAGGUGCGUUGUGGGUUUGACCGUUGGAUCACUGCUGAAUCCUGUGACCAGCAGAUCCACGCUUAACUUCCUCCGGAGGAGAGCGGAGCAGCCUUUUGUUGUUCCUCUCCUUCGAGGUGGUUUACUGUCCAUGACAAGUGUGUGUGUGUGUGUGUGUGUGUGUGUGUGUCUGUGUGCGUGCGUGCGUGCGUGUUACUUCACAUCUUUGAAUCUUGCAUCACAACAGCUACGCUGCUUGUUUAUGAAGUGUUGUGCAGCGGGCAGCGCAUAUGUUCACACUGGAUGAGGUUUUAGAAUAAGCGGGAUUUGUUUUUGAGCUUUUGUCUGUGAUGUAAAGCCUCGGUUGGUCAUCGCAAAAAAAAAAACACUGUUGUUCUGUUCGCUUCUUUUGCUUCGGUCUCAAUCAAUAAAAUUAUUUUUGA